AUGGACCCGGACGCCUACCGUACCGUCACAACGGGCGUGGCGCCCUUCUGGGCCUCCAAGUACGCGCGGGAGUCGUCGAAGAACUGGGACAAAUUCUACCGUCGCAACAAGACCAACUUCUACCGGCACCGGCACUGGACGACGGCGGCUGCCACGGACGGCUUCGCGUGUCUCGCGCAGCCGGGCGCGACGCCAGACGCGCGCGUCGUGCUGGCAGAGGCCGGGUGCGGCGUCGCCAACUGCGCCUUCCCGCUGCUGGAGAAGAACGAGGCGCUGCACGUGUACGCGUUCGACUUUGCGCCGGCCGCUGUGCGCCUCGUGUGCGAGGCCGACGAGUUUCGCCGCUAUGCCGGGCGGUGCCGCGCGUUUGUGUGGGACUUUUGCAAGACGAGCGUGGAAGAUGUGCCUGCGGAGGAGCGCGGCGAGCUGGCGGGUGGCGUCGCAGAUUAUGUCACGCUGAUCUUUGUGCUUAGCGCCGUCCCCCCGGACAGCCAGCUGGCUGGCUUGAGACACCUUUUUGCGCUGCUCAAGCCCGGGGGGAAGCUUUUGUUUCGCGAUUACGCUACGGGGGAUAUGGCGCAGGCUAGGUUUGCAAAUAGGAAUAGGAUUGCGGACAAUUAUUUUGUUAGGCAGGAUAGUACCUUGUCCUACUUUUUUGAGGAUGACCACCUUCACGCCUUGCUAACUGAGGCUGGGUUUGAGAAGGAAGAGAUGCGCAGAGUGGAUAGGGUCAUAACGAACCGCAAGGAGCAGUUAGAAAUGCGCAGGGUCUUCUUGCAAGCCAUCUAUGUAAAGCCAACUGUCGAUUGA